CAGCCUAUAAAAGCCCUUCGGGUCCCCAGGGUCCCGCAGCCCCACCAACCUGCACCAUGCUGGGCCUCACUGUCCUCGCCGCACUCCUGGCCUCUGCCUCCAGCUGUGGAGCCCCCACCUUCCUGCCCGACGUGUCGGCCAGGGUGGUCGGGGGAGACGACGCCGUCCCCCACAGCUGGCCCUGGCAGAUCUCCCUGCAGUACCUCAGGGACACUGAGUGGAGACACACAUGUGGCGGCACCUUGAUCAGCAACCAGCAUGUCCUCACCGCAGCCCACUGCAUCAGCAAGGACCUCACCUACCGAGUGGCCCUGGGCAAGCAUGACCUGACAGUGGAGGACGAGCCGGGCUCGGUGAUCGUGGGUGUGGACAGCAUCCACGUCCAUGAGAGAUGGUUCAGUCUCCUGGUGCGCAACGACAUUGCCCUCAUCAAACUGGCGGAGCCCGUGGAGCUGAGUGAGACCAUCCAGGCGGCCUGCCUCCCUGAGAAGGGCUACCAGCUGCCAGAUAACUACCCCUGCUAUGUCACCGGCUGGGGCCGCCUGUGGACCAAUGGCCCCAUCGCUGAUGUGCUGCAGCAGGGCCUGCAGCCCGUCGUGGGCCACUCCACAUGCUCCCGCUGGGACUAUUGGGGCUUCCAGGUGACCAAAAACAUGGUGUGCGCUGGGGGCGACGGUGUCAUCUCCGCCUGCAAUGGCGACUCAGGAGGCCCGCUGAACUGCCAGGCAGAGAACGGCGUCUGGCAGCUGCAGGGCAUUGUCAGCUUCGGCUCCUCGAUGGGCUGCAACACCGUCAAGAAGCCGGCGGUCUUCACCCGUGUGUCCGCCUACAUCGACUGGAUCAACCAGAAACUGAAGCUGUGAUUCAUCCAGGAGCCCUGGCCACCAACUCAUGCAGCAAUAAACCUCCUUUCCUUCA